AUGUCUACAGCUCACGCUGGUCAAGGAUUGUUCAGAAUAAUAUGCAGACUGCAAGUAAAAGAGUCGCCUAAGUUUACCUUAACCCCUCCUGCAGUGGUUUUUACAGUGCUACGAACAAAUAUAAGCCUCAGCUGCGAGGCUACAGGGUCUCGGCGUCCAAAGGUUAAAUGGUCUUGGACUCAAAGGUCUUCUGCUGCAUUCACGUUUCUUCAAGAGGAUGGAUGUCUCUUGAUUAAUAUGGCUGAAUAUCAUAUUAAAGAAUAUUUUAUAUGCCGAGCAACAGACAACUUGGGAGCGGCAGAAACAGUAACUACGUUGGUUACAAUUCUAAAGGUAUCGUUUAUCAGUUUCUUUACCGCGUCCCAUAGAGGUUUGGGACUUUCAGUAAUACUAGCAAGUAAUGACAAUCACCUGGAAACCCUAAGCAGUUGGCUUAGGUCAGUUGAACGAAGCCAGUCCUCUCAAUGGAAGCGCUGUUGGCGAGCAUCAGUGGAUGGUUGGGCUGCCUCUACCUUCCACUCAUUGUGUGAUAAGAAAGGGCUAACAGUGACCAUUAUCCGCGUGGGAAGAUACAUCUUUGGUGGAUACGCCGGCAGUGGAUGGACCUCGCCUUCCAGUUGUACAUCCCAACACAGUCGAAGCACCUUUUUGUUCUCAUUGGUUAACAAGCCAGGCUGGGGACCAGUGAAACUGUCUCAAACAGGAAAGUAUGGUUCUCAUGGUAACUCCAUACUUACUUGUUCUAGCUAUGCACCCACAUUUGGUGGAGGAUACGAUAUUUACAUUGCCAACUACGCCUCAUCCAAUACACAGUCCUUCGCAAACCUUGGAUACACCUACAGUCCACCAUCUGGCCACAGUUAUGGCAGCUCCUUCACCCGAUCAUUCCUGGCAGGAAGUUACAAAUUUCAACCUGAUGAAGUUGAAGUGUUUUAUGAAACUACUUGAAACAAACGAACUGAAGUAACGGUGAUAUUCCAAAUUCCCCAUUCACUGACAAUCGAGGCAGACGUUUAUGCCUCUGUUGAGGCCUCAAAGAUAAAAGCUUAAAGAGAUCUUUAUGUAACAGCACUAUACUGUCCAGAUUAUACGAAAAUUAUUGAGCAGAAUGACAUUAUGGUCAACUUGCGGAUAAACCGUGUAGAAUAUCAUUUGAUUACACAGUGAUUGUACUAAAAACUUAUGAUCUUCUG